AUGGAGCUAAGAACGAAUAACUUGUCUAAGUCUGAGAAAGAAGUUCUAGGAAUUGAACGCAUGGAGAGCUACUAUAAGAGGAUAUUUCCAGAAUAUAAGGAUAUAAUAGAGUGUCUGAAAGAGCCACUUCCUUGCACAUUUAGAGUCACGCCGGGGCCAUGGGCAGAAGUUCUUGAAGAGAAGCUUAAAAGCUAUAAACUUAUUAAAAAAGUAUCUUGGGGGGACAGAAUAUAUGAAAUAGGUCUAGCAAGAAAGGAUCUUUCUAACAGAGGAAUAAAGGAGAAUGCAAAAGGACUGGACGUGAUAGAGCUAGAGAAAACCCAUCUGUUUUUGAAAACACACUCAGGGACAUCUUCUAUCACUAGACAGGAGGCAGUGUCUAUGAUUCCAGUAGCCGCGCUAGAUGUCAAGCCCGAUUCAAUUGUCUUGGACAUGUGUGCAUCUCCUGGAUCCAAGUCAUCUCAGAUACUUGAGGUGCUGGGAAAAAACAGCACUCUCAUAUGCAACGAUAUAAACUCGCGACGUGUUGCGCAGCUGGUCAAGCAAACCAAGCGAUUUAUGCACCCGGGUCUUAUAGUAACAUGCAACGAUGCCUCGGUAUAUCCAAGAUGCGGAGUCACUCCAGACAGGGUUCUCUGCGAUGUUCCAUGCUCAGGGGACGGAACAAUUAGAAAAAACAGACACAUUUUCCAAAAGUGGAGCGUAAACGAGUUUAUAGGGCUAUACACAGUGCAGAAAAAGAUCUUAAAGCGAGGUAUUGAUAUGCUGGAAGAUGGCGGCAUUCUUGUAUACUCAACAUGCUCACUCAAUCCUGUGGAAAACGAAGUAGUUCUUCUAUGCGUUUUAGAAGAGCGGCCAGAUGUGGAGAUCGUUCCCUUUGACAUAAGUGGACUCAAAAUGCGGGAAGGGCUGUGCGAAGAAAGAAUUCUUGCUGCUUUAGAGUAUCCAGGGCUUGAAAAGCGCAUACCAAAGUGCAAGUACAGACAAGAUGUGCAAAAUGCAAGAAGAAUUCUUCCAAUGGACCAAAACACAGGAGGAUUUUUCAUUGCAAAGCUUCAGAAAAAAGCAAAGCCGAGUAAUUCUAUAGUAAAGGAGUCUUCUGCGCCUGCAGAAACACAAAAUAGAGUAGGGCAGAUUAGAGGAGAGAAAAAUAUUGACGAAUCGUACUUUUACUGGCUGGAUUCAGAGAGGAAAAGUGUGAUAGAAAGCCAGUGGGGUGCAAACAGCUUAGCGCUAAUUGCAAAAACUGAGUUCUUUAAAAAUGUGUAUGGUGUGACAGAAGCAUCUGUGCAGGUGCUUACGCGCGCACCACAGCCUCUGCGGGUAGUUUUUGCUGGGUGCAGGCUGUUUUCAGUUUUUGGCAGAGAGGACAAAGAGAAUAUUAAAAAUAAUAGAUGGAGAGUGACAUAUGAAGGCAUACCGAACCAUGCAAUUCCUGCAGAUAAAAUAGUAGAAGUAAGUACAGAAAGGCUUCUGUUAAUUAUUUUAAAAAAAACAGAUGAAGAGAUACAGGGCGAAUAUAAGAAAGGAAUAUUUAUUCUCGCAGCAUCUGAUGCAAUGAUACAAGUUCGUGUUCCGUUUACAUUCAACCAGGGUGAAAUAGAAAUACUUGUGGAAAGAGAUCAAAAAGAAGCACUGGCAGAAGCACUUAAAUUAAUACAUACAAAGAGUGAAGAGAUAAUAUAA